UCAUUGCAUCAAAAACUCUCGUCUCUCACACAUAUUCACACUUUUAAUAAUAUUUAAAAUGGAGAAAUCUUCCCGUUCAGUGUCAUCUUUAGUCCUUUUUAUGUUGGUUCUCCUAAUAACAGAGAUGAGACCAAUGGCAGUGGAAGGUAGAACAUGUGAGACCAAAAGUAGUGAAUACAAGGGGAUAUGCUUAUUUGAUGCUAAUUGUGAUAGUGUUUGCAAAGUAGAGCCGGGUUUCGAUGGUGGGCAUUGCCAUGGCUUCUUUCGCAGAUGCUACUGCACUAAACCUUGUUAAAUGAGCAAUCUAUUAGGAUUUCAUUAUACUUAAAAGAUUGUCUCAUUUCCUCUUGUUAUGUGUGUGCUUGAGAGUUGAGAGAAUAAGAUCAACAACAUAUUGAUGUACAUUGAAUUCUAUUACUAUUAAAUAUAUCUAUAAUUUUUAUGUUCCAUAUGAA